CCCGACUUCAAAAUCAUCAAUUAAUCUCUCGCCAUGUCUACCACGGCAGAGCAAAAUAUCCCUAACCAAGCGGGCUCCACCCCAGCAUCCGGAAGAGUUCCCGAUUCCACUUCCUCCAUCGCGCCCCGACCACUCAGGCUCUUGACAACCGAUGAGCUCGCCGCUCAGCCGUCCACUCUCCACCAAGUCGUCGAACUAAUCACUGUUGCAUAUCGAGGGAAUCGGAUCUUUGGAGCUGAUUCACGAUUCGAGUCCGACACCGAGCUAAUAGACGAACUUUCCGAAACAGGCAUCGGUGCGGCGCUUUUUGAGUCGCAGCAUGCUGGGACAGAGAGGGCUGUUGCUGCGGCAUUCGCGAAGCCGUAUACUAUCCAGGGGGCGCAAGAUUGGGAGAGAAGGGAUAUGGAAAGUGAAACAGGGGGGAGCGAAAAUAUAGAGCCACAGUUCCCAGUGUAUGAACUUUUCGGCGUUGCGAGCAUCAACCAGCCACAUUGUCGGAAACAGGGCCUCGCCCAACAAUGUCAGGACGCCCUGGCCGCGGCCUUAAAAGAACGGCUGGGCGUGGAUUCGGUGAGAUUUGUAUUGAGAGUGGUCGAAGAACUUAAUGGAGCCUACUGGAGGAGAAGAGGAUUCAAGCAAGUUGGAGAAGGAAGCAUGAGGCCAAAAGGUCAAUGGAAUUCUGACCAAGAUUUCCUGCUGAUAAUGAUGGGGAAGCUGGUAUGAUGCUACUCCCUAAGCCAUGAUGCCGGGAUAAACGUGCCAGACGAGGUCGGAACAUACUGAAGGGAUUCAAUACAGGGGGUACAUGGGUCAUGAUCUCUUUCUUUUCUCUAGUUUCCACAGGUUGAACAUGCGAUAGAAGACACGCUC